AUGGACAACAAAGGUUCAUCACAGAAAGCAGGGUCACUCCUGCUCCUGCUGUUGCUGGUGUCAAAUCUGCUCUUGUGCAAGAGUGUGGCCUCCCUUCCCAUCUGUCCCAGCGGGGCUGUCAACUGCCAGGUGUCCCUUCGAGACCUGUUUGACCGCGCAGUCAUCCUGUCCCACUACAUCCAUAACCUCUCCUCGGAAAUGUUCAACGAAUUUGAUAAACGGUACGCCCAGGGCAGAGGGUUCAUUACCAAGGCUAUCAACAGCUGCCACACCUCCUCCCUCUCCACCCCUGAAGACAAAGAACAAGCCCAACAGGUCCAUCAUGAAGUCCUUCUGAGCAUGAUCCUUGGCGUGCUGCGCUCCUGGAAUGACCCUCUGUACCACCUGGUCACUGAGGUGCGGGGUAUGCAAGAAGCCCCAGAGGCUAUCCUAUCAAGAGCCAUAGAGAUUGAGGAACAGAACAAACGACUUCUAGAAGGCAUGGAGAAGAUAGUUGGCCAGGUUCAUCCUGGAGUCAAAGAGAAUGAGGUCUACUCGGUGUGGUCGGGACUUCCAUCCCUGCAGAUGGCCGAUGAAGAUACGCGCCUUUUUGCUUUUUAUAACCUGCUCCACUGCCUACGCAGGGAUUCACAUAAGAUUGACAGUUAUCUCAAGCUCCUGAAGUGCCGAAUCAUCUACGACAGCAACUGCUAA